UCAACGUCACUUCCUUUCGCUUCUUGUGUGGUCGUUAGCAAGCUAACUAGCAAAGUAUCUACUCAUGGUAGAAUUUAGCAACAAAUGUACAAUUUCUAAUUUAUCCAAAUGACGGGUUUGUUAUAGCAGAAUUAUUUUUGUAAAUUAGCUUGAACUGUUGAAGUUGCUGUUUGAGUUAAUCUCGGAGGUCCCACAAUAACUGAUCAUGGCUAGCAGUGCUAAUGCUAACAACAUGAAUGCUGUCCGAGAAACGAUGGAUGUGCUGCUGGAGAUCUCUAGGCUGCUGAACACAGGGCUGGACAUGCAGUCUCUGUCUAUCUGUGUCAGGCUGUGUGAGCAGGGCAUCAACCCAGAGGCCCUGUCCUCUGUCAUCAAGGAGCUACGUAAAGCCUCCGAUUCACUAAAGGCCUCAGAAAACUGCACCAACUGAAGAUCCGAGACCGAUCCCAACAGAACAAUGCUGCUGAGUGGAAGUCUUUUCACGCUGUCAAGUUUCAAAAUAUUGCCAAAUAGUGAGCUUCUAUUACCCUGACCUAUUCCUCGUGCCUCUGUAUUUGACCCCUGGCUUCAUUUGAAGGAAAAUGGUGUGUGUAACAUUUGGUCUGUAAACGUCAGAGGCCAAUUCUCCUUGACUUUUGUGUUCCUGUCAUCAGCUUGGCGUGCAAUCUGACAAUAUGAAUGACUGCAAUGCCCAGAUAUCCAAUGUUUCAGUACCCCUCCCUCCCUCAGAAUCAUAUAGGUUGUCAGUCCAGUCGUCUCUCUUCUGACUGAAGGAUACAUUGAUUGGCACUCCCAAUCAUCACACAGUGCUACAAUGAUGGGUUGUUUUCGAUUCCUUUAUGGCUUUCUGGAUGUGUAAAAAAACUGUCAAUAAUUUAUUGAGAAUUGUGUUUGGUUUUAUAUGAAUUUAAUGUCUCUUUUUUCUUCAACAUCUGGCAUGUCAUUUUUUUUUUCAAAGUGUCCAGGAUUGUCAAUGAUGGAUUCAACUCAAGAUUAAAAGCAGUUGCAUUUUA